AUGGCAGUAACACCCACAACUGUGGAGAGCUCCAGCGAAGCUCACCAGCAGAAGCUCCAAGAGCUGGGAUACCUCAACCCACCCAAGAUUCAAGGCGAAGACUGCGAGUAUGCAGUCAAUAGCCAUGUUCCAGAUAAAAAGCCUUUCCAGGGACAUUGGCUCGAAGCUGCUGAACACGAAGAGACAGCUCGCUUUGUGGAACUCUUCGCUAUCAAUGGCGAUAAGCUAUCCAUCGAAGAGGCCCUGGUGACUGUGAAAACUAAACAAGGCGACGUCGACUUGAACUUCAGUAACAUCAUUGUGCUUGCGGGCGACUUCUACACCAACAAAGAAGGCUACGAGAGAUACUUUCCCAUCUCCAACGCCGAGGGCUUUGGAACCCUGAUCAAUCCGAAAUCAUCCAAAGCACCUCUUGCCCGCUUCGAAUCGGCGGUGCAGAGCAUGCUGCAAGAUUCUGACGGUUACUUGAAGAAAAUCAGAGAGCUCAUUACCUCCGAGCACCAUGCGCUCGAGGCCGCCACAAAAUUUGGGGACAACACAGCCGUCGCAUAUCAUGAAAAACUCUCCUAUGAUGGCGACCACGGACAUUGCCAUAUCCCAACCGACGAAGAAUUCACAAACAUGACAAAGACUGGCUUGACCGCCCUGUCAUCCAUGUAUGCCUGGAUCGCUUACACAAACAUUGACCACUUUGGUGAUUACGCCGUCAUGGCAUACUGUGUCGGUCAUACCAGCGCCCUCCAGAUUGCACGAAAGGCACGCAACGAGACGUCAGAUGAAGCAAAGAUGAAAAUGCUUCGCACAGCUUACAUCCACGAGGCCUUCGCAGCCCAUUUUCUCACUGACCUGUUCAGCUCAGGGCAUCUUCGGGCUCCUCGGCGGGCCUUCCACAACCCGGCUUAUGUGUCUAUGGUACCUCAUGCUGUGAAGAAAGAUGCAGUCUGGGACUUUCAAUGUCGCUAUAUGCACGACGACGACAGCGCGACCGGCCUCUUGGUUCGCAAUAAGCUUGGAGACCAAUGGAUUGAAUAUGGCGAUAAGCAAUUCAUGGAGCCACAAGCCUCAGUGAACCGCGCUCGAUGCAUGGAUUGCCUAAAGAAGUCAGCUGCCGAGGUGUUUCGUGAUGGAUACAAAGGCGACAAGCCGAUUGAGGAUUGGGAAAAGAACAAGAGCUGGUUCAAAGCCAUGGACCUCGUGCCCCAGCCAAUGACCGCUAUCGAACCCCAGAACUGGAAGAAGGAGGGAUGGGGUGGAUACGACAAGCAUAACCCUGCCCCGCUGUGGAUAGCUUUGCACGACAACGCCACGGAAAGCAAAUGCACAGUUCGUAAGGACCUAAACGACCAUUCCAACUACGGCGCCCGACGGGCUCAAUCCCCAGGUGACACCGGCUAUGGCAACACCAUCCAGGCUGCUGACUUCGUGGUGAAAGGCCAAUUCCCGAUGCAGUUCUCACUUGACGGGUUGCUAUCUGGCGGGUUUAUCCAGAUCCAGGAUCUCGACGGUAACGGCAGCGAGGGCUGCUGCAUCAACUUUUGGACCCCUGCUGAAGUCAAGUUUGCGGACAAGACUCAGUCAACAUUUACCAUUCACAACAGGCUCAUUGAUCAAGAUAUCGCGCCAAGCAGAGAGGUCCUGCAUUGGAUGCCGUCCGGCCAGAGAACUGGCAUCAUCGGAUUCACCUACGCAGCGAAGGCCGAUGGGAGCGGUGAUAUCAACAUGACGGAGACAGUAUAUACAUCGGAUCUAAGUCCCGACGGGCUGUCCGACGGCACCUGCGCUACAUUCUCAACAAAGAAUCCCUGGCGGAUGCGUGUUAUGGGGGUCAGACGCGCGACCAUCCUCAGCAACAUCCCCGCUGGUUUUAUGCUGAAUCUGACUCGCUUUAUCGAUGGCUACUUCGUAGCCGAAAGGGAAAUGGUCGCCGUCUCACAGUCUGAGAAUCAGUUGCUGGUUGGAGUACUAGGUAGCAGCUUGGUGCAAUCGACGCUGUCUCUACCUAAGGCGCCCUACGGCUUUGUCAAGCCGUUCAGAGGUGCCGGUGCUUCCAAGCAGAGCAUCUUGCUGGCGCGCGCCGGUCCUAAGGAGGACAGUGAGUGGGUAAAUUUAGCAAAGAUUGACUUUGACGAUGCUGGUAACGCCAAGCUCGUGACUGCAGACUUCGACCUCGAGCUUGAAGCUGAAAAUGACGCAUCGGUGCUCGUGGGCGACGUCAUGGGUUGGGGCCACGAUCAAGUCGUGGUCGUCAAGCCCACGCCCGACGACAGGACCACUGUAGCCACUUACGGCCAACAGAGUGGAAGCUCUGACAUCGUAUGCGUGGGACUGCACCAAUGCGACACGGCUCUGGUCAGUGUCCUCGUGGGCCCUCUGCUUACUGCACUCGUCCCAUCUCUUCCCGGGUCACCCAACCCGGCGGGCCAUGACCUGCUCCAGAUUUCGCGCCGUAAGAACGGAAAGAAGCAUGUCAUUGCCUUCCAUACGCACGCAGCCAGCGGGGACGCGAGUGAUCCUCUUUGCAAUUGCGUCGGGUCUGAGGUCGAGGACGCGCUGGCGUCGCGCAGCCCGGAACACUUUUUCAGCAUCAAAUGGAUGCCAGUACGAGUGGUUGGGCAAGCGCGUGCGGUGCUCGAGGUCUUCAGCUGGUAUGGCGUGCUGGGGGUGCGUGUGUUCACUUGCCCUCAGACUGGAGAUGGAGGCAUGGGCGAGUGGACAUUGCACGGCCAGUUUCCACAUCUCGGCCAGACGUCCAUAGGCGCUGGGCUGGGAUGCUAUGGCGAUUGGGGCCAUGGAUUUGUGGCGUGGGCGGAGGAGAACGAGUGGACCGACGCCAACACGUUCAGGCCGGUGAGGAAAGACGACUUGAGCUUAGGAUGGUGGGGAAUGGUGUGGGAAGAUUGUGAUAGACCGAGUGUGCGCGGGUGGGAUGUAGAGAGGCGGCCGUUGCGGUAG